AAUAUCAUCGCCCAAAAAAAUUAUGGACGAAAAAGAAAGGGAACAAAACAACAGAACCACAAAUCGCUGUUGAGCAAAUGAGAGGAUAAACCAUGCAGAGGCGGAGAGACCGCAGCAGAGCAAGACACAAAGAGAAAUGGCGGCGGCGGCGGCACUGUAGCCGUUGAGACUGAAGCUGUGGAUACAAUUCCCAAAGAAAAUACAAGUGAAGAAAAUGAAGGGAAAUGGAAAGCAAUAUGAUAUAAGUAUAUGUUUGUAAGGAUAGUAGAAUUGAGUUGACACGCACAUCUCUCUCCUCUCUCUCUCCAUGCAAUGGAAUUAUGGAACGCAGGACUCGCGCUGAGACAUGCUGGCCACCACUUGAAACGAUGCUCGACUCCCAACCAACUCCAAUCAUGGUAUGCUUUGCUGCUCAAAACCAACACCGCCCAAGAUUGCUUCUUGAUCAAUCAGUACAUCACUGCUUGUUCCAACCACCGCACCAUAGAUUCCGCCAUUCUCGCCUUCUCCCACUUGGAAAACCCCAACGUAUUCGUUUACAACGCCCUUAUCGGGGCAUUUCUCACUUGCUUCCGCCCCCUCCAAGGAUUGCGCUAUUACGUGCUCAUGUUGCGGAACGCCGUGCCUCCCACCAGUUACACAUUCCCUCCCGUGAUCAAGAGCUGUAGGGUUUUACGCUUCGUUGGAUUCGGUGAAUGUGUUCAUGCUCAGGUGUUGAGAAAUGGGUUGGGAUUGCACCUUCAUCUCCAGACCGCCAUGGUUGAUUUCUACUCUAGUUUGGGCAUGGUUGUUGAGGCCCGGAAGGUGUUCGAAGAAAUGCCCGAAAGAGAUGGCUUUGCUUGGUCCACCAUGAUUUCAACCCACGUCCGUGCUGGAGAUUUGGAUUCUGCUAGGAGGGUGUUUGAUCAGAUGCCCCAAAAGAACACUGCAGCUUCCAAUACCAUGAUUCACGGAUAUGCCGAAGCAGGGGAUGUGAACUCUGCUGAGGCUUUAUUUCGUACACUGCUUGAAAGAGAUGUGGUUUCUUGGACCACCAUGAUCAACUGUUACUGUAAACGAGAGCUGUAUCUAGAAGCUUUGGAGCUUUUCGAGGAAAUGAAGAGCACGGGAACCAGACCUGAUAACACGACAAUGGCGACUGUGAUAUCUGCCUGUGCACAUCUUGGGGCUCUAGACAAAGGGAAAGAGAUGCAUCUGUAUAUGAUGCAGGCAGAGUUCAACAUCGAUGUCUAUAUAGGAUCCGCUUUGAUUGAUAUGUACGCCAAGUGUGGGGUUGUGGAGAGAGCUUUAGUGGUGUUCUUCAAGCUGCAGGAGAAGAAUCUCUUCUGCUGGAGCUCUGUGAUUGGUGGGCUUGCGUACAACGGAUAUGCAGAAGAGGCAUUAGCAAUGUUCGACAAAAUGGAGAAGGAGAAGGUUGAGCCAACUCAAGUUAUCUUUCUGAGUGUUCUUGCAGCUUGUGCUCACGCUGGACUGGUUGAAGAAGGUAACCGUAGAUUCUCCGAGAUGACUACCAGAUACGGCACCCUUCCUGAAAUCGAACACUACGGUUGCAUGGUGGAUCUCCUAUCCAGAGUUGGUUUGCUGGAAGAAGCACUAGUCUUGAUAGGCAGCAUGAGAAUGCAGCCAAAUUCUGCUAUUUGGGGUGCUUUGCUAGGCGGUUGUAAGCUUCACAAAAACUUAGAGAUUGCUCAAAUUGCUGUGGACAGACUAAUGAUUUUGGAGCCAAAUAAUAGCGGGUAUUACACCCUCUUGGUUAACAUGUAUGCUGAAGAAAAUAGAUGGAAUGAAGUGGCAAGGAUUAGGGGAAUCAUGAAGGAGCGUGGAGUGGAGAAAGCGUUGCCGGGCUCUAGCUGGAUAGAAGUGAAAAAGAAGAUGCAUCAGUUUGCUGCUUGUGAUAAUCAUCAUCCAUCAUCCAAACAGAUAUAUCAAGUCCUGGAUGUGUUAGAUUCCCAACUCAAGCUCUUGGGACACGCGCUGCAGUUCGAUCUCGUUGUGUGAAGCCCAGACAUGAACACUAAGUGCUCAACAAGGUUUGAUCUUUAGACAUGGUUUUUGAUAGAGUGUUGGUGUAAAUGAGGACAAUGGAAGCAAGAGGAAAGGAACGUUGCCCCCACAAUGGCGUGCAUUUCAGCAUGCGUUUGUUCCAACAAUCAAGGCUGAAAAGUGUCAUGGGGGGGUAAUCAACACUUUACGCCACAUUCAGUCAUACUCUUUUAUCAAAAUAUCAUUACAGUUGUGAGAGGAUUUCUCCGAAUAUUUCAUUUUUUACGUUCAAAGAAUAGGCAAAUUUGUCAUAGAAGGUAAUUAAUGAAAUUCCUUGCUUUUCCCAAAUUUAUAAUUUCGGUGUUAAAGCAAAAAUAUUCCUUUGCAGCGGACAUAUAUUAGAAAGAUUAUCAAUAGCUGAUCAACAUAGAAUUUCUGCUCCAAUUAUCAUUUUUUUGGGGGUGGGGUUGGGUGGGGGGAUGAAGUCGGUGGCACUUAAUUCUUUCUUAAUAAUAUUGUCACAUCAACACUGAGAGUAAGUUCAAAAAAUCAAGAAUACUUCCUAGAGAUGGGAAGAGAUUAAAGUUGGAUUCUUUCGCCUAUAAACAAAGAGUCAAAGAUUAACAAGUUAUGUUGCCAACAAUAAUACAAUAACAGUGGAACUAGAACUGCAAGUAGAUGGAGUACUUUUUAUAAGUAAAAAUAUAUUUCAAAGCAGGUGGGGGCCUGGUGGGGGGUGGUUUUGUAUCAUAGCAAUAGCAGCUAAGAGCAAAACAGUAUGUGUAGUGUGUGUAUUAUGAUUUAUGAGAUGUCGGAUAGUUGGAUGCCUUUUCAAAUCUGUCUUUGGAUCAUCUCCCAACUUUCCAGCCAAGCAUUUCACCUCUUUUUGUUCUUACUAUAUUCUGCUCCGAAUUCUCUCUAACCUUGUAUUAUUCCAGUUUGUUUUGCAUAAUGGGACCAUGGAGGUUGAUUGAGUGCAGUGCAUUUUCUCUCCAGGAGGGCAAGAUUGUCCAUUUCUUCUCUUUCUUUUUCCCUGACACAUGAAUCUAUUUCUCUGAUUCUGUUGUAACUACUGCCGUAGGUAUUCUGUCCAAAGGAAUCUGCGAUUGUUAAGGUUUCAGAUAAUUGCUUGUUUGUGAAUCUGCUGAAUUUGGAAGAUCUCUUCAUCUUGAAGGGCAAAUUGUUGAACAUUUUCUUUCAAGGACAAAGAGUUGUCAUUUUGGAUCUUAUCUGCAAGAAAAGGGAGUCUGGGCCUUCAUUGUUUUGCUUCCAAGAGUUGAAGAGGCAUGCUUUUACCAGAACUGUCGAUGAAUAUUGUCAUCAUCAUCCAGCACAUUGGUAAUUCAGCUGCUGUAUUAAUAUGAGCUUUCAAUGAAGGACGGGACUUUGAUGCAGGUUUUGUUUUGCAAGAUUCACUGUCCCUUCAUCUGCUUCUGCAAACCCUCUGGUGCUCAUCUUUACACUUCAGCUCCACUGAAAUUGGAGGGUUCUCCACAUGUGGUUCCUUCAGUUUUUGCUGCUGAUAAGUCGUCUUCUGCGGUCCAAGAAGAGGUUGUGAAUGGCAAUAAAAAUGCUGAGACUGUGCUCAAGAGCUGCAUUCGAAAGCCCCAAGGCGAAGAGGCUGGGAAGAAAAGAGUACAGUGGAUGGACAACACAGGGAAACAGCUCACUGAGAUCAAGGAGUUUGAAUCCAGCGAAACAGGAGAUACUGACAAUGAAGAGGAUAGCAGUCGGUGUCUUUGCGCCAUUCUCUGAUGCAGCUUUUCAAUAUUAUGGUCAAAAGACGCGAUGUGGCUACCUAGAAGGGUGUAAAUCAUAUAUCCACUUGCCUAGUGUCGUGAUAGUAGGGGAAGACCAGGGGUCUAUUCGUUCUUAGAUCUGCGCUUCGAGCUCAACACCUGCAUUAAGUCUCUCUGAUCAGAGUGGGGAUAGCUUCUGCUAUGUCUCUCCUUUCUUUGCGCGAUGAAGAAAUACAGAUAAUACAUAAUUGCAGUCUGCAAUCUACAAACAACCUCAGAGCCAGCCUUCCACAACUGGUUUUGUCCCCUUUUGGCUCUUAACACUCCACUUUGUAUUUCAUUGUUAUUAAUAUCUCAUUGCAUCAAGUUUCUGGGAACAACAGUCUAGAGUGACGCGGCGCACUCUUGUGGAAGAGGCAUGCCGAUAACCUAAAAGCUGUUGGUGAGAAAUUGCAACGGUUUUUUAGAGCCUCUUGUUCAUGGAUUGAAUAACAUUUUCUUGAUUCUGACUA